AUGCCUUCAACGCCCACCCACAUACACUUGCCGCCCCUUUACAAGAUGUUCGGACGUACACUGAUGCUUGUCUCCGCCGUGUUCCUUGUCAUUCUCGCCCUCGCACAGGCCACACCGUUGAUGUAUUCGAACUCACAGUUCGACGAGAUGCCCGAGUUCCGGCUCUCCAAGCGCGCCAACGCCGAGCUGAUCAACGGAUUAAUUGGCAUGGAUUUGAGCAAGCUAUCACAAGUCGGAAAGCGAUCCAACGCCGAACUGAUCAACGGGCUCCUUGGCAUGAACCUGCACCAGCUUUCAUCCGCCGGAAGGAGA